GAACCGAGCGGGAAUGCACUGAGUGGGGAUGCACUGAGCGGGGAUGAAUCGAGAGGGAUGAGCCGAGCGCGAUGAACCGAGCGGAGAUGCACCGAGCGGGGUGAACCGAGCGGGGAUGCAGUGAGCGGGGAUGAGCCGAGCGGGGAUGAACCGAGCGGGGAUGAGCCGAGCGGGGAUGAACAGAGCGGGGAUGCACCGAGCGGGGAUGCACCGAGCGGGGAUGCCGUGAGCAGGGCCAGCGCGCACCCUCCGCGCUGCCGGCCGCAUCCCCGCGGGGCUCCCUGCGCUCCGCACCGCGCUGCCAGCGCGGCAGGCCGGGCCAAGGCCAUGGACACGGACGCCAGACCUAUUUAUGAGCUCCCUGCUGGUCCUCUGAGCCCCAUCCUGAAUUCAUUUUUCUGCAGAAAGGAGUUGGAGCCUUCAUUAUCCUCCCUGCAGUCCUCUUCAUCAACAAGAAGCUCUGCUGUGAACAGAGUGGUGGGCUCCCAUGCCUGGAACAGCAAGGGAGAAGAAAACACUGUGAAGAAAAGUCCAGAGCUCAUGAAGACCUUGCUCCCUGAAUUAUAAGUGACAUGCUGGCAAAGCUGAACAACUGAUCACCAGGCACUGGCAUAGUGUUGAACAUGGCUUCUGAGGCUGCUCAGAAUUUCCUCCAGCCACUGUCUUCUUGGAUGUCUCAAAUAUACGAAGCCAUCCAGCAAGCAGGAGACUCCAUAUCUGCCUCACUGCUGAAUUUGAGUGGAGUGGGAAGGAAGCCAGAAGAGAGGACACAGGACUUGGAGAAUAAUGGAGGCCUUUAUGAGGAUUAUUCUGAGGGGUCAGAUGAUGAGCAAGACCUGGACCUUUGGGACGAGGACUAUUUCUACCCUAGAGAGGACAGUUACAUUGGAGGCCCUGAUCUUGGCUCUGAUUUGGGCUCAAAGAGACAAAAACAGCUUAAAAACUGCACCUCAGCAGGGCAGUGUGCUGAAAGCAGCAGGUCCUUGGCAGCCAAUGGAUCCAGCUGGAUGGGUGAAGAUCUCCAGCCUCUCCAUCAGCUUCCUCCCAUCGCUGAGGAAGAAGGUGAGCCCUGUUUGAGGAUGGGAGGUGAUGAGCACAGCCCCAGCUUGGGGGGCUCCUUAAACACUGCUAAUGGCACUGCAGGCUGGGCAGAUCUGGAUGGACUAAGCCAGCUGAGUUACCAAGACAACAUCUCCUGUCAUGAGGAUGACCAUGGAUCUGUUGAUUCAAGAACAACAACCAGGAGUAAAGACACUGGGCAGCACAGAGGGCCCAGGAUGGAGCCCAGAACUGGGGAUGGUGACAGCCAGUCACACAGGGAAGGACAUCUGGAAAUGGAGACAGCAUCUGCCAACCAGGGAUUGGAAGUAAAUGAUGCCACAGACAGCUCAUCAGCUUGGAGCCCUGAGGAACACAACGAAGUGAACAGUGUGCCAGCUCAUCACGGUGCCCACGAGCCCAUCUGCAAAUGUGGUGACCUGGAUGUCAUCUUCACCUAUAAAUGCUCCAGCCAGAAGCUGAUAGCCACGGUCCUGGAGGCCAGGGACAUCCCGGACAGGGAGCGCAGCGGAGCGAGCGCCUGGCAGGUGCACGCGGUUCUGAUGCCGGCCAAGAAGCAGCGGGGCAAGACGAGCGUGCAGAGGGGACCCAUCCCCACCUUCCAGGACAAAAUCACCUUCAGCAGGCUGGAGCCCCAGGAGCUGAGCAGCCAGGCCGUCCGCUUCCGCCUCUACGCCGUGCACAGGGGGCUUGGGGAGAGGAUGAUGGGGGAGCAGCUCUUCUACCUGAGCAGCAUCAGCCAGGACGGGGACGUGAAGGUGACACUGCUCCUGGAGCCCAGGAGUAACCUCAGGAGUGCAGAUUCUCAGCUGAGUCUGUCAGCAAUCUCUCACAGUGAUAGCGCUUCCUCAACACAGUCCCUGUCGCAUGGAGGGGUGCCAGAGCUGCUCGUGGGACUGUCAUACAAUGCCACCACAGGCAGGCUGGCAGUGGAGAUGAUCAAAGGCAGUCAUUUCCGAAACCUUGCAAUUAAUAGGCCACCUGACACCUACGGGAAGCUCUGCCUGCGGAACUCGGUGGGUCAGGAGAUGUCUCGCUGCAAGACCUCCCUCCGCCGGGGGCAGCCCAACCCCGUCUACAAGGAAACCUUCAUCUUCCAGGUGGCCCUGUUCCAGCUGUCCGACGUCACCCUGCUCAUCUCCAUCUACAACAGGCGCGGCAUGAAGCGCAAGGAGAUGGUGGGCUGGAUCUCCAUGGGCCAGAGCAGCAGCGGGGAGGAGGAGCAGAGCCACUGGCAGGAGAUGAAGGACUCGCAGGGCACACAGGUCUGCAGGUGGCACACCCUGCUGGAGUCCUAGGGGUGGCCAGGGACAAAGGGCUGCUCUCCCCUUGUUCUCUGCCAGCAGAGCACACAGCUUUAACCUGCCUGCUCCGUGUCAUGGGUAUCAAAGGUGGCAAGGACUGGGAAGCAAGUUCUUGCCAUCUUCUACAUCCACAUAACCCUAGUGACAAGCCCUGGGAAUACCUGCAAAACCCUUUCCUUGGCCAUUGUCUUGCUCAUUUUUCCACAGGCUUAAUCUUAAUUCAGGCACGGACUGAAUCUGAUGUGAUGCUGUUUUCUUCUGGGGUGAACUCUCACUUCCCUCUCUUCCCUUAUUUAUAUUAAUGAAGGUUUGCAAAUAUUCUUGCCACGCAGAUAGCUCACAGAAAAGCUAACCUGCAUGCAGAUCACAUCCUCUCCCUUUUAUUAUCGUGUUUCUAAGUCCUAGAAAUAAGCAUUUGAUACCACUGUAGACUGGAUGAUGUAUUUUUCAGGCAGCAUGAGAAAGCACUCUUGAAUUCUCUGUCAACUUUUAAGUGCCUAGACAUUACUACUGUUCUGUACUAACAAUUGAUAUAAGGACUAAAUACUAGUGGUAUUUUUAAUUAGGCACCCUGUGCACCUGUUAGCCUGCAUUGACAUAGGUUUGCACAAGACAUAACAAGCAUCCAUUCUAUAUUGCAUUAUACAAUGCAUGUUUAGAUGUUUACUUGAAAUUAUGGCUUCUGUCAUCACAAAUACCAAAAAAAGACCAGAACAAACUGCACAGCCACCUUUGUGCCUGAAUCACUCCUUUCUGCAUCACUUUGCCCAUGUGUUAAUGUGAUUUUUAGAAGUGAGGUUCAUUCAGAAAAGCAUUUCUGUGAGCAUUACAGGAAAGGGCUUCAGAUCCAUGGUUUUUCUGUGAUUCAGCAAGGCUCUACUCAAUUUUCUGAGGGCUCUUCCUCAAGUGUCUUGGGCUGUCCUGUUAUAUCUCCUUGAGAUAUGGAAGGGGACUGGUUUUGGCGUGCUGAGCAGUAGAGGAUGCCAGACCAUGUCACCUAACCUUGGGAAGGAGCUCUCUUGCAGGCCAGGAAUAGGAUGCAGAGGGGCUGCUGGCUCUGCUGAACUAGCACUGGAGAACAGAGUGGUGCUUCCUGCCCCCAGCUGAAAGCAAUGCAAGGAGCAGCCUUGCUGGACAAGGUGAUGACACUGUCACAUGGUUACUUUUCAGACUACAUUGUCCUUUUCCAUUUUCACCUCUUUUCUUGUCUCUGUAGGGUGAAGUCAUGGAGAUGAUGGAUAGAGGAUGUGUCUCAGUCUGCUGCUUGCCUAAGUGGUUGUUGUUGCAGUGCUGUGUGUGACACAAAGGAGGAUGUUCAUCCUCAGUGGAAUGCAGGCAGGGAGGUGCUGAGAUCUCCAAAUGCUAUCAGCUGCCCAAUCUCCCAUUCUCCACACUCUCUAGCAGGGGACUGCCUUUCCUCCAUUCCUGCUGAUGACAGCAAGACACAGGAAAUAUUUUGCUGAAGAGGUUUGUCUGUGCUGAAUCACUUUAUAGUUUGUUUUUGCCAUUUACAGAGGCCUGGCACCAAAUUCUGCCUCCCCCUGCACCACAGCCACUUCCUUCGCUUCCACGGUGCUGUGCAAACCUAACUAAUGCAAAUUUUGGCACUGGCUGUUCGACCAAAAUUGGUCCUUGGUGCUGGUUUUCAUCACAUCCAGGCUGAGGGCAGUGCUGUGACACUCACAGGUUAUCUCUGGGUGUCACACAGAGGCUCUGUCUGUCCUCAGGAGGCAGACUGAAUAAUCUGCACUUCUGCUACAGGUGAUACAAGUUAUUCUACAGACCACGCUCUUGUAUCUUCUUAUCACCUGUCAGAGCAUCAUUUUUCCAGGGAAUCUGCUGGGUAUCCUAUGCAGGAGGGCUCUCCUCCACUGCCUAGAUAAGCUGGCAUGUCUGUUUGCACUACUGGGGCUUUGUAACACAAAACAGGGUGUAGCUCAAAUGCAACUCAUCCAACAAAUAUGCUUUUGACUGCACUGCUAAACUGAUGUAUUACCAAUGCAAGAAAAAGUGAACAUCUGAGUGCUAAUCAGCAGAAUAGGACUUUAUUUAUCAUACACUUUUCUCCUGGGGAAAAAUAAAAAAGUAGAGGAAACAGCCCAAUUCAAAAGGUGCAUUUGCUGAUCCAGUUGUUUUCCAAUCCCUCCAUUUUUUUUUUUUUUUUUUUUUUUUUUUGUCCUGAACUGCAUAAAAUGUAUAUGCAAGUGAUUAUAAUUAAUUUUAUUACCUGGAAUGUGUUUGUGUAAUAAAUUUACUGAGAUUUUCUUCAGAACUUCUUGAACCUGCAAAGUCUUGCCUAUGCUUCAUGAUUAGCUAAGGAAAAAGUGAAAAAUUCAUAAUACAUUUCAGCAGUGAGCUAGAGAUAACCCAGAUUUAUAACAGCAUGAUUAAAAAAAAACCUAAUGAAAAAGAUAAUUUUAAAAAAACAAUGAACUACACUGGGUUUGGACUUCCAUGCUGCUUUCACAUUAAGAUCUUUUCUGAAGAUAUUGCAUUAAGGGAAUUGAAUUUUAAUGUAUAAUUUCAUUGUAGAGUUUUAGGAGUCAGAGAAAAGAAAGCGAAAACAGUUUACUUACAGUAAAUUAAUACUUAAGCAUGUGUUAAAACUUUGCUGUCCAAGGAAAGCAGGUUGCUGCAUUCUUACUGCCACAUUUUACCCUUAUAUUUUAUCAGAAAAUUUUGGAGGGAGGGGACAAGGGCUGUGCCAUUAGGUUUUUUGAGUUACUGCCAAAACUCUUGGCACAUCCAUGCCUUGAGAACUGCAUUUGUGGGGUUCUUUAUGUUCCUACUAAAGCAAUGGAGAAAUUUAGGAAUCUUGGGAUGAGCAAGGUGCUGGGGGUACUCGUGCUUGCUAGCAAUAUUUUGGGAUUUUUAUUGCUUUUGUGGCUUAUUUUUCCUUCUGUCUGUGAAAUGGAGGCUUUGCAGCAGCUCUGGCAUAUUCCAAAGCUCCUGUAAUUCUUCCCAUUGACAGAUUGAAUUAGUCAUUGCUAAUAUUGAUACAGGCUGGGCUUGUGCUCAUGGUCUUUCUUAUGUAAACACCACUGCCCUUUUAGUCACUGCUUUAACCCCUUGUUCCCUUUGGAAGUGGCUGACAAGACUGAAUUCCCAGGAAGUUUUCCAUUCAUUGGGAAUCCUGACUCUCACCUGAUUCACAGGGUGGUGGACCCUGAGCUCCACUGGCUUCUCCACAUGGGUGCUGCUGCUCUCAGCUUCUGUGGGGCUCCAGGUGGGGAGAAGAGCUGUGAGGAGGCCACGGGGAUUUCAGGGAGCAGGAUUGGAAUGGAUAACCUUGUUCUGGAAUGCUUGGGAACUUACAGGUCUAGAUUAUAGAUGUUUCCUAAUGCACUCAUGUUUUCUAAGAGAAUAAGCUUCCUUUUGACACCUCUGUAAUCCCUUUAUAGUUUAUUUGAAUUCUCUUAUU